AUGGCAUCCAACGAUUGCAAAACCUACCACCAAUCUCGACGACCAUCAUACGACCGAGCAGAAAAGGCCCGGGAACAACUUCUCUUCCGCGGUGCCAGGAUCUCUGGCCCCGCAGUUCAACAACACCUGGAACGAUCAAAAGCUAUCGACGACGAAUGGCGCCGGCAACGUCUCCGAAGCUCGGGCUCAGACACAUUGACCACUUCGACCACCAGCAUUUCCGAUAUUUCCCUGGAAUCAAUGCACAAUUACGGAGACAGCUGGUUUGAAAACCUCAAUGCUCUAAGCAUGGAAUAUAACCGACAAAAAGCCGCGAAGAGUGCCGCCAAAACCCGAUCAGGUCCGGUCACUGAAGCUGUUCCAGCCAUGCACGGAUACGGAGACUCGUGGUUUGAAAACCUCAACGCCCAACGAGAGGAGUACGAGCAUCGGAAAUCCGAAGAGCUCGAACGCAGCGCACAUCAAAUGCACAAUUACGGCACGGACUGGUUUGAACAGUUCGAACCAAUGUGGGAGGAUUGGCAGCAUACGAAGAUGGACGCGGAUAAUGUCAAAGGACUCAGUCUCGUGAUACAAGAUAGCGACGAUGAGAGUUGCGAGAUCGGCCAAUGA